AUGACCACUCCCAUCCGCACGACAGUCCUUAUUUCGGGCAACGGCUCGAACCUGCAGGCUGUGAUCGACAAAAUCGCCGCAGGCCAGCUGAACGCCAAGCUCAUCCGUGUGCUCUCCAAUCGCAAAGACGCCUUUGGCCUCGAGCGCGCGCGGAAAGCCGAUAUUCCCACGCAAUACCACAACCUUGUCAAGUACAAGAAGCAGCACCCGGCCACGCCGGAAGGCGUUCAGGCCGCGCGCGAGGAGUACGAUGCCGAGCUGGCGCGUCUGAUCCUCGCCGACCAGCCCGAGCUUGUUGUGUGUCUCGGCUUCAUGCAUAUCCUGUCGCCACAAUUCUUGGAGCCAUUGGAGGCAGCCAAGGUGCGCAUCAUCAACUUGCACCCCGCGCUGCCGGGGGCCUUUAAUGGAGUGAGCGCGAUUGAGCGAGCUCAUGCGGCUUGGAUGGAGGGCAAGAUCGAUAAGACGGGCGUUAUGAUUCACGAUGUGAUCUCGGAGGUGGACAUGGGCAAUCCGAUCCUCGUGAAGGAGAUUCCUUUCCAAAAGGGCCGGGACGAGGACUUGGAAGGGUUCGAGAAGCGUGUACAUGAGACGGAGUGGGGUACCGUCAUCGAGGGCGUGGGCCUCGUACUCGAAGAGCUGGCAGCCAAGAAGCAAUGA